AUGAUUUGGGUCGCCUUCAAAAAAGCCGGAGGCCUUCCGUUGACGGCCACAGCGACUCAAAUGAAAGGUCUUGAUUACUACGAAGUCUUAGGCGAACAUUUGGUACCGUACUGGCAAUCUGGCUAUACUUUUGUUGGAGAAUGCCCACGUCCACCAUGGCAAGUCGACAUGCCAGUUCCUUUGACAGCAAGGCAUUUGCCACCAUAG